AUGGCCUCUCACUCUCUAGAGGUUUAUGGAAAAGGGACGGCUGUGUGGUUUCCUGACAAUAGGGAAGGCUGGAUAAGUGCUCAAUUGGUUACAAAAGAUGUGAAUGGUGAUAAUGUAAAGCUGACCUUUGUAACCGAUGAGGGGAAGGAAAUUGUUAUCACGACAACCUUAACUAAACUUGCUCAAACCAAUAAUGCGGAAUUGCCUCCUCUGCGUAAUCCUCCCAUGCUUGAGGCAGUCGAUGACUUGACAAGCUUGAGUUAUCUUAAUGAACCAGCAGUCUUGAUUGCCAUGAAUCCAUUUCAGUCAGUUAAUUUAUAUUCUCAAGAUAUUAUUAAUGCGUAUUCUGGAAAACGGCGUGGUGAAUUAGAGCCACAUGUGUUUGCCAUUGCUGAAGAAUCUUAUCGGUGCAUGAUUCGUGAUGAAAAAAAUCAGACAAUUGUUGUAUCAGGAGAAAGUGGUGCUGGAAAAACUGUUAAUGCAAGAUUUAUCAUGCGAUACUUUGCUUCGGUUGAUGAUAAAGAAAAACCACAAGGCGAUAAGAAACCAAAUAGUUCAUCUGGUAUGAGUGAAGUGGAAGAACAACUUAUGGAUCUUAAAUAUGUUUGCUAUAAAUCUAUUUAUUAUUCUAACAAGACAUAUAAUAUGUUACUAGCUACUAAUCCUAUCAUGGAAUCUUUUGGUAACGCCAAAACAACCAGAAAUGACAACAGUUCUCGUUUUGGUAAAUACCUUGAGAUUCAAUUCGACAAUUGCCAAAAUAUUAUUGGUGCAAGGAUUAGAACUUAUUUAUUAGAACGUUCAAGAUUAGUUUAUCAGCCUGAGAGUGAAAGAAAUUACCAUAUUUUUUACCAAUUAUGCUCCGGUGCGCCUCCAUCUGAAAAGAAAAAUCUUGAACUCGGGGAUUACAGUCAAUUUCAUUAUUUACGUCAAGGUGGUGUUGGUACUAUAAAUGGUGUUGAUGAUGUGCAAGAAUUUGAGAUUACGCAAAAAGCUUUAUCCACAAUAGGUGUUACAAUUGAAAUACAAUGGCAAAUUUUCAAAUUAUGUGCUGCGUUAUUGCACGUUGGUAAUAUUCAAAUCACUGCAAGCCGGAAUAGUGCCAUGGUGUCUGAAUCAGAUCCAGCUUUAAUUACCGCGACGAGAUUGCUUGGUAUAAAAUUGGAAGAAUUUAGAAAAUGGAUAGUAAAAAAACAAAUCGUUACUAGAUCUGAAAAAAUUGUUACCGAUUUGAAUGUACAGCAAGCUGGUGUUGUUAGGGACUCUGUUGCAAAAUAUAUUUAUGCAAAUCUGUUUGAUUGGUUGGUAAACGUAAUUAAUGGGUGUUUAUCCAAUGAAGAAAUCGAAAAAAAUAUCAAAAGCUUUAUUGGAGUUCUUGAUAUUUAUGGAUUUGAACAUUUCAAGAAGAAUUCAUUUGAACAAUUUUGCAUUAAUUAUGCUAAUGAGAAAUUACAACAACAGGAAAGUCGUUUACCAGCUGGUACCGAUGCCUCUUGGUGUCAAAAACUUUAUAAAAAUUUCGACACUCCUCAGUACAAACAAUACUUCCAAAAACCUCGAUUCUCUAAUACUGGAUUUAUAAUUUCUCAUUACGCGCAUGGCGUUACUUAUGAAUCGGAAAAUUUCUUGGAAAAGAACAGAGAUACAGUACCAGAUGAACAUUUAGCAUUACUGAAAAGCACUGAUUUUGAAUUUUUAGAUGAUGUUUUGAACAAAGGUGCCCCCAAAAGUUCACCUACCACAGCCAAGGUGCUAACUAUCAAAGCUCAAGCCUUAAUUAGGAAACGUAAAGCCAUGCGGGAUCUUAAGCUUCUUCGUGAAGAUAGAGCUGCACUUAAGAAAAUGCGAAUUGAAGCCCGUUCUGCUUCUCAUUACAAAGAAGUCUCAUAUAAACUUGAAAACAAAGUCGUUGAGCUAACCCGAAGUUUGGAACAAAAGAGUCAAGAAAAUAAGGCACUCGAACUUAGAACUGCUACAUUAGAAGGAAAUGUACGAACUUGGAUGGAGAAAUAUAAGGAAUUGGAAGCAAAUGCAAACAAUUUCAAAACUGCAACCAAAGAAGCUACUGUUGCUAUCGAUGAAUAUAAAUCUUUACAAAUCCAAAAGGAAGCCCUCGAAAAUAAUUAUCAGAUUCAAGUUGAAAAGAUCAAAAGCAAAGAUAGUGAAAUUCAACGGCUAACAAGUGAAGUUAAUAAAAAAGAUGAAGAAGUUACCAGACUCCGUGAUGCUAUGAAAAAUAAAAGUGAAGAUCCUGCUACAGUACUUAAAUUGAAACAAGAAAUUGCUACUUUAAGAGAACAAUUGGCUAAAGUUAAAAGUGGUGUCAAUAAUGCAACACCUCCAUCUUCGCAUCGUCCAACAGAAAAUGGGUUCUUGACAUCAGCAGGCACCACAACACUUAAACCUCCAUCUCAAAAACGAAGACCUCGUCGACAUAGUUCAGCCGAAUCAUGGGGUCCCAAUGAAGUUACUAAACGCAAACCUAAAACUUCUAUUGACCUAAUAAUGGCAGAGAAACCAGGUUUAAGGCCUGCAUCAAUUUCAACUACUCAUGUGAGUAUUCCAAAAAUCAAGACACCAGGAGGACGUAUAAUUGGAGGUGAAGAACCUGAAGAACAGCUUCUUGAAGAUGAUGAAGCGCUUGAUGAUGAAAUUAUCAAUAGGUUAAUCAGAUCCUUAAAAAUACCUCUUCCAAGUUUGCAAAAUCCACCAUCCCAAAAAGAAAUAUUGUUUCCAGCUCGAAUUAUCAGUCUUAUAGCGAAGCAAAUGUGGAAAUAUGGGUUUAUAAAAGAGUCUGAAAGACUAUUUGCGAAUGUUAUGAAAACCAUUCAAGAACAUGUUAUGGAUUUUGAGGGUGAUGAUGCAAUUCUUCCAGGAGCAUAUUGGCUUUCUAACGUGCACGAAUUAUUAUCAUUUGCUAAUGCUGCUGAGAAAGAUAUGUUACGUGGAGUUGAUCUAGUAUCCGAUUCGAGUAGAAAUUUUGAAUGGCAUGAUUACGAAAGACUUGUGUCAAUUGUUAAACACGAUUUGGAAAGUUUAGAGUAUAAUAUAUAUCAUACAUGGAUGAAAGAAUUAAAGAAACGAUUAUUUAAAAUGGUCAUUCCUGCUGUGAUCGAAAGUCAAUCAUUACCAGGUUUUAUAACGAGUGAAAAAGGUACACUUCAAUUGGAACACUUGAUGCAAGCCACUAAACUUCUGCAACUUAAAAAGAACCCAAUUAGCCCUGAGAUUUUGAAAGCUGUCGCAAGUCGAGUAACUGCGAAUGAUAGGAAGGAUAUUUUAUUGCUUGAUACAACACCUUUGGAAGAUUCGGGUCCGUUUGAAGUCCCUCUUCCGCGUGAAGUGCAUCCUCCUGAUAAUUAUGUACCAGCAUGUACGUUAUUUGUAACAGCCAAUGGAAAUGAUAAGAUUUCUCAACUGAAGAAAGACAUCUUAAAACAACUGGGUAUCGAUAUAAAAAUAAAGUUGUAUAGAGCAGAUAAUAGUAACCCACCUAAUUUUACUAGCUUGGAACCAACCCAAAAUGGAGAGGAUCCUAGUAUAGCAAAACUUGGUUUAGUAGAUGAACAAAUAUUAUACUUAGUUUUUUGGGACGAUAAAAAUGGAAGGUUUGAGAAUGUCUCUUUUGAAUUACCAGAACCUUUACCUGAUGAAGAAGACGAUGAUGAAAUUGAACCU